GGCGACGUUUUAGGUGCUGCGGAUGUGGGUGGUGGGUGUACAAGGUCCGCGGGGAUCAUGCCCUCGCUUUGGCAUCGACAACGUCAGUUACAGCAGAUCCCGGAGCUGGGUUUUCCUCCUGAAUUGCAUGGGACGCUUGCAGGGUGGGGCUAAUUUCCUGUGGUUGGGGGAUGCCUGGUGCUCUGAUGUUUGUUGCAACAGGGUUUGGGCCGUACAGUGUGAAUGCACUCCAGUUGCGCUUUUGCUGUUUGAAUUCGACGGUAGAAUUUUUGUUUGCAGAAGCAGGUAGAUGGUUGACGUGGAUUUCUCGCUGCUGUCGGCUAAGGGUGACGGCUGGAGUCCUUCGUGGAGGAUUUGCAGAGGGGGUCGUAGGUGUGGUCUGUCCGUUGCUGGCGCGUAGACUGAAAAUCUGGAGGUUGAUUGGAGAAUGUUGAAGUAGCCAGUAGAAAGUGGAGCGAAGGGGAGAUUUAGGCUUUGGCUGGAGUGCGUGGAUGCUGGGGUUUCAUGGUAUUUCCGCAUUUCAGGGGGUGCACUUCAUGUAAACUUGAAUCGUUUCAUCGAAUCAAACAUGGAUUUUAUCUACCGUACCAUGAAAUUGUAAGAGGUCAUGAAACAAAUUAUUUAGUAUCUAGCUAAUGCGAAUGGCACCGAGACUACAGAUCUGGGCUUACGUUGCUAUGUAGUUGGUUGAGGGCAUUCGAUUACAAGCUGAGUAGAAAGUACAGUGGGGAGUUCGAUAAUUUGAAUAUAGGAAAAAAUGAGCUCUAAGCUGCUGGGGAGAGAGUAGUCUAGAUGUUGCCUAACAAACAGUGCUGCUAAGGUUUUUCGAGAUACUCUGCUCAUUGAAAGAACCCCAUUGAGAGUUGGAAAGGUUAAAUGAGGGAACUUGGCUCGUGAUGGCGAGUCUGGUUUCUUUGCAACUCAUGCGCGUUGCAGGCGCGGGCGAUUACCAUGCUAGUGCUUGUUCCAUCUCUAUACGAUGCUCGAAAGCGGUAAUUAGUAGCCGUCUCUUUCAGGGAUCUGGGUUAAGAAUUACGUCAUAUCCUGGGGAGGGCAGCCUUCAGGGAGGAGGGACAUUAUGUUGUCCAUUAUGGAGUCACCUUUUAAUCUCAAAGACCAAUUUACGUGUGCUAUCUACUCGUGCGCCAAUCAGGGCCUUUUCUAUUGGGUCUAUUCCUGUGGAGGACAUCAAGCAAAUAGCUAUACUGUUUGUUAAUAUCAGUGCUUUUAUUCUUAAAAGGACAACCGAUGUUUUGCGGCUUUGUCCACCCUUGGUAGCUCAGGUUACCCCCGCCGUGGCACUUGUUGCGUACUCAAUUUGGGGACUGGGACCAACGACUAGAUUGUUACGUAAAAACGUCUUCGAGAGAAAUGAUAAGAAGUGGGAUGAGAGCCGAACUCACAAUAUUUUGUCUUCUUACAUGCGACCCAUACUUCUGUGGAUUGGAAUCAUUCUUAUUUGCCGAGCAUUUGAUCCAGUGGUAUUGGCCACGGAGGCGAGUCAAGCAAUUAAACAGCGCUUUGUCAACUUUAUCCGUUCACUUUCAACAGUUCUGGCUUUUGCCUUCUGCACUGCCAGUCUAAUAAAACAGGUACAAAGAUUUAUGAUGGAAAAUCAAGAUGCAGAAGAAUCACGUAAUGUCGGUGUGCAAUUCAUUGGCAACACUGUAUACACUGCUGUUUGGGUUGCUGCAGUGUGCCUUUUUAUGGAGUUGUUGGGAUUCUCGACGCAAAAAUGGAUCACAGCUGGAGGAUUUGGAACUGUGCUCAUCACACUUGCAGGCCGUGAGAUAUUCACAAACUUCUUGUCUAGUAUCAUGAUACAUGCUACUAGACCAUUUGUCGAAAAUGAAUGGAUACAGACGAAGAUCGAAGGUCAGGAGGUGUCUGGUACUGUUGAGUAUGUUGGUUGGUGGUCUCCGACUGUGAUUAGAGGAGAUGAUCGUGAAGCUGUUCACAUUCCAAACCACAAGUUCAGUGUAAGUGUAGUCCGUAAUUUGAGUCAAAAAACUCACUGGCGUAUCAAAAUGCAUCUGGGAAUCAGCCAUCUCGACGUCAGCAAGUUGGCACCUAUUGUGACAGACAUGCGGAAAGUUUUGGCAAAGCAUCCUCAAGUAGAGCAACAUCGUUUACAUCGCCGUGUCUUUUUUGAUCAAAUCGAUCCUGAGAACCAAGCUCUGAUGAUCUUGGUGUCCUGCUUCGUGAAAACUUCUCAUUUCGAAGAAUACUUGCGGGUUAAGGAGGUAAUAAUCUUAGAUUUGUUGAAGGUUAUCGGUCAUCACAGUGCACGACUUGCAACUCCAAUUCGUUCAGUGCAGCGUGUUAUUGAUGAAAGCGAGGCAAGAAGUUCUCCAUUCCGUGACAUGCGAAAUACCAACCAAAAUCAGCGGCGGCCUUUUCUGCUUGUGAAUCCUCAAGCUGCAUCAAGCGAUGACGACGAAGGCGACAGCGAUAGUUCAGAUGAUGUUUUAGAGAACACAUCACGGAUCUCCAGGGCCACUAAAAUAGUGCGAAACAAAGAUAGUGCAGAUAGUGGAAGCGAAAGCGAAAGUGAUGAACCAGUGGAGGACCAGAGCGUUUCAAAAACCGCCAGCGACAUCAAGGAGUUGAAGGCAAAUGCACCCGUAAUUGAUGAAAAUGUUAAUUCUAGUUCACCACGAAUUCCAGUCGCCUCACAACAUAAUGUCAAGGGGCCAAAUUCGGAUGAGUCCCACCCUCAGGAGUCGGCCUCGACAGAGGAUACCGAACCUGAUGUUAACGAGACUCUUAUGGAUAGAAUCUAUGCAGGGACAGAGGAAACAUUGGUUAGGUCUCAUACAGACACAAGCUUACCACAGAAACAGAACGUGAAUGCCAAGUCUUCCGUGGAACAGGCAGUUGCUGCGAGUGCUGCUCUCGUAAGGGAACGUGUUGUAGAAAUGCCUGAGGAGAAGGUGCCACAUCUGUACUCCAACAAUGUUGGUCUUGAUGAUGUUAAGGAUGGAGCUGUUGUGACUACGUCGCCAACAAGGAGUGAUGACCAUGCCAAUGACGCUAAAACCACGGCUCCUUCUGUCAAGAUCAACCUCAAUGUUCACAGCGACCUGACUGAUGACCCAUGGAGACAGCCUCCUACUUCACAAUUAAAUGAAAGCAACCACACGAGCAGUAUAGCCAAUGACGAGAUAUGGCCAUCAGAUUCUGAAGACCAACGAAGGCAGGCCUCCGCUAUGGAAGUUGGUAAGAAGGGUGAAUCAUUAACAAACAGUGAUGAUCUGUGGAAACAGCCAUCAACUUCUCAAAUGCAUCUUCCACCGAAGGUGCAACCCAGUCGAGCGACUUUGGAUCCUAAUGUAGUACCUGGAGUUUCCAUUAAGAGUCCGAAGCAUACUAUUUCUUCGGACGAAGACAUUACAAACCUAGAUGAUUUACAGACACUAGUUACUUUGGGAAAACCCAAAAGUAGUCAUGAGCAACGAGAGAGUUCCAACCAUGGUGUUGCGAAAGGGGGAGUGUCAAGUGAUGUAAGGGACAAGGAAAGGUAAUAAGUAACCUUUCCUUGGCCCUUCCCUUCUUCUGAUUUGGUCUGAUGCGAGGGUCUCCUUGCAAUGCUCGGCGAUUUGCUGCAUGAACAUACCGAUUAUGCUUGUUUUCUUGUCAGCCUCCCUUGUAGAGUUUUAUUUUGUUCGAGGCUGACGUCUGUAUUUCACAAGAAGUCCAUUCCAUUUCAUCACCUUGAAAUUGUAUCGUUU